AUGAAGCCAACUGGAGACGGCAAGCACGAUCUUGGUUGCGUGGAUGCUGGAGGCGAACUGGACGUCACUCACACUUGCGAUUGGUGCUGUGCGUUCUCCGUCGACCUGUUCGUCUCUUCGAUGGAGAAGGUAAUCGAGAAGUACGGGGAUAUCCACACGUUCGUAUAUUGGAAAAAUUCAGGCGACAAUUUCUUCAAGUGCGGCGAGUUCGUCAAUGCCUACAAGCGUCUCCGCACGAAGCCAGUGCGCUACGUCGGUGUACAGGCGGCUUCCAAGGUGUCGCGCCUGGGACGCACGUUGCCGCUCCUGUCGUGGAGUCGUUGCGCCCGCUUUGCCACCUUGUGCCUCUUCCUGUGCAUGAUUCUGAACCACCCUAUCAACAGGGUCGACUAG